AUGACUGCAGAAGCCGAUCAGCCCGCGCUUACAGCUACUGGUAGUACCUCAUUCUACACGCAUUCAACAGCUUUGUCCACCCAUGGUGCAAGCAGCUUAUGCAUCACUUCUCUAACAUAUCCCCACCUGCAUCUUCGACUUCCUAGCGCGGAGGAUGCUGCUGCACUUCUACGCCUCUUCACUGACUAUCGUAAUAUCCAGUACGACAAGUCAUGUACCGGGCUGGAUAGUGCUGAAGCUAUAGAUCAUCUGAUCAAGCAAUGGCAGGUCGUCAAUUUACCAUUGCAGCGAGCCAACAUUGUCGUCGUGAUUGACGGAAAGACUGUCGGCACCGGCGGCUUGGGUUGGAUUGGCAGGAGGAAGAGUGAUGGAAAGCUGAUAGGCGAUGCGGGGUUGAUGUUGGAGACGGACUUUCGUAAUUCAGGCUAUGGAUACGAGUCGUUAUGCAUGGUCAUUGACCAUGGCUUUUGCGUUCUGGGCAUGGACGAAGUGCACAUAGCUUGUGUAGACGCUAAUGCUGCGUUCAAGGGUCUGAUGAACAAAAAGUUAGGGUUUCAAGCUGAAAGGAUAGAAGACAAGAUGUUCGGAAAUGAAUGGAUCUGGCGCAUAACGAAAGAGGUAUGGGCAGAGAGUCCGCACUCUGCUCAAGGUCGAGCUUGA